UUGAAAAGGUAAGGUUUUAUUGAACGCCUUAAGGUAGUCGUUGAAGGCCGGAAAUUCGGAAAAAACACUCGGUCAGAUAUUUGAUCGGAUGUUUCUGUUAAAAACCUUGUAAAAUUUAAUCAAAAUGCAUGGAAAAAUUACCAUAAAAAGGGGAACUUCUGACGACUACAAUGCUUUGGUCGAACGGAAAUUAGGUACUUGAGCGAUUCCGUUUAAGGUGCAUAACUGCAUACCUAGCUUUAGCAACAGCAACCACGUGAUAAGCUGGCUGUUCUUUUGCUAACUGUUGCAACAUGCGACCUGUUGCUUCCGUUCCGUAGCAACAACCCACGUGGUACGAUGCAUCAUGGAUGCCACCUGUAGGAUUGUUUUUGUUGUUGGACACCAGCAUGAUUAAGCACAUGCUCAUUACCAUGGAUACCGUUGCCACAAACUUACGAAUUUGACAGAGUUGUAAAUAAACUAUGAAAAAUCGAUAAUUUUCCACACUUAAUAGAUUUUGUAAGACGGAAUAAAAAUUGCUAACGAAAAAUGCAGUUGAAAUUCAUGAAAACCGUGGUUGAAGCGCAGGAUUACCUGUACCGCGUGGCAGGGCUUGCUUGGUCGCCGAACAACCAGAAGCUUGCGGUGGCCACUGCUGAUCGCAUGAUUUUGCUAUUUGACGAAAACGGUGAUCGACGAGACAAGUUUUCAACCAAACCGGGGGAUCCGAAUGCUGGAAAAAGCUCGUACGUGAUCAGAGGGAUUGCAUUCAGCCCGGACUCCAGCAGGUUGGCUGUGGCGCAGAGCGAUAACAUCGUUUACGUGUACAAAUUGGGCGAGUCGUGGAAUGAGAAGAAGGUUAUUUGUAACAAGUUUCCGCAGGGUGGCGCUGUUACGUGUAUUACCUGGUUGUCCGGUGGAAUGAUCAUUGCCGGAUUGGAGGACGGUAAAGUUCGUUCUCUUCAUUGUAAGAACAACAAAUCUAAAACUCUGUAUGGAGCUGAGAGUUUUGUGGUGUCCCUUGCUCCGAAUGCUAGAGGUACGGGGCUUCUAUCCGGACAUGAUGAUGGUUCAGUUAUCAAAUUCUACAUUAUUGAGGAGCCUGGUGAAUCAUCUGGGAGAAUACUGCAGCAUCCUGUAGCUCCAGUUUCGUUGGCCUGGCCUCAAAGUGGCAUUCUAGUAGGAGGAUGUGACAAAAAGAUUUGUUUCUAUGACACCAUCGGUCGAUUAGCUCGUACGUUUGACUACACAAGAGAUGAUACGGAGCGCGAGUUUACAAUAGCUGCUUCAAGCCCUAACGGGCAGGCCGUAGCGGUUGGCAGUUUUGAUAGAAUUCGGAUUUUUUCAUGGAGUCCAAGGCAGAAUACAUGGACUGAGUCACUGUGCAAAAGCAUUCCUAACCUAUACACCGUGACAGCAAUUGCGUGGAGGAAAGAUGGCUCCCGGUUGACGGUCGGCUCUCUUUGUGGAGCAGUACUGGCCUAUGAAUCGGUUCUACGUCGAACAAUCUGGCAGGACAAAUUUGAAUUAACCUUUGUUGCUCCAAGCCAAGUUUUGCUCAAAUCACUUCAUGAACCCUCUAAUACCAUGAUCGUUGAAUCUCAGUUGGGCUUAGAGAUCGACGACGUCCGUAUAAUGGGCAAAGAUAACUAUCUGGUAGGACGUACCGAGGACUCGCUAAUUCUAUGUGAUCUGAUACGUUCGUUAACGAGCGAGAUUCCCUGGAUUGCAACCGGUCGACAUGAGAGAUUCUAUUUCGAAAACCCUACUGUUGCAUUGAUCUUCAAUGCUGGAGAACUUUCGUUGGUCGAGUACGGAGAAAACUAUAUUCUCGGAUCAGUACGCACAGAGUUCGUAAACCCUCAUGUUAUCUCAGUUCGUCUCAAUGAACGUGGAAACUCAUCUAAUAAUAAAAAGCUCGCAUAUUUGCUCGAUAUGAAGACGGUUUGUGUGGUGGAUUUAAUCCUACAGUCCACGAUCACCCAGAUUACCCAUGACUCAAAAAUUGACUGGUUAGAAUUGAGUGAAACUGGCCAUAAGCUACUGUUUAGAGACAAGAAAAUGCGUCUCCUACUAGUAGACAUCAUCAGCGGAAAAAAGCAGACUCUUCUAGCAAAGGUAGCAUUUGUUCAGUGGGUUCCUUCAAGUGACGUAGCCGUAGCGCAGAGUGACUCCAACCUAGCGGUGUGGUACAACAUAGAUCUACCGGAACACGUCACGAUCCUCCCCGUUCGAGGAGACGUAUUCGACGUCAUUCGGGAAGACGGUAAAACGGAAGUUCAUACCAGGGAAGGUGCUUCCGAGCAUGUCUACAACCUAGACGAGGGCCUGGUCGAGUUUGGAACAGCCGUCAAUGAUAGUGAUUUUGGCCGAGCUAUCUUCUACUUGGAAUCACUGGGAGACAAACCGGCUGCCAAAGCCAUGUGGCACAACUUGGCUAAUAUAGCGCUUGCCCAGCAAAACCUGCGCGUUGCUCAAAGAUGUUUUGCCGCGCUGGAAAAUGCUUCAAAGACGUUCUACAUCGGGGAAAUGAUCAAGAUUUCGGAGAAGUACGAGGAAACUACUGGGAAUCCAGGUAUGACUUGUCCGGAGGUAAGAGCACGAAUGGCGUUGCUUGGUGGAGAUUUGAGGUCUGCAGAACGUAUCUACAUUGAACAAGGCGACAUUGAAGCUGCACUGGAUAUGUACAAAAAGCUGCGGAGAUGGGAUGAUGUUAUCAAACUGGCGGAACGUCGAGGAUAUCAUGGUUUGAAUGAGUUGAAGGAGCAACAAAUGGAGUUUCUGCUGAAUACAAAUCAAGAGGAAAAGGCAGGCGAAGUGCUGGAGGAACGCGGCGAGAAAGAUAAAGCUAUGACGCUGUACAUGAAAGCGAACAAGCCGGUGAAGGCGGCUAAGCUAGCUCUUAAAACGCCUCAUCUUUUAUCGAAUGAGAGCAUCGUAUCGCGAGUAUCCGCCUCACUGGUCAAAGCUGAGUUGUUCGAGCUUGCGGCAGAGCUUGCAUACAGGACCGGACAAGAAGAGAGUGCUAUAGCACUGUACAGAAAAGGAGGAGCUUAUGCUCGGGCAAUCGACCUUGCCCGCUUCGUAUCCCCUGAUGAAGUCACUAGUUUGGAGGAGGAAUGGGGUGACUGGUUAGUAUCGAAGCGUCAGCUUGAUGCUUCUAUCAGUCACUACAUAGAGGCUGGCAGUACGGUCAAAGCCCUAGAGGCAGCGGUCGGUGCCAAGCAGUGGCGUAAAGCAGUACAAAUUGCCAAGGUCGUUGAUGAUCCGGAAGAGAUUCGAAAGUAUGCCGUCGAGCUAGCAGAACAUCUCUGCUUGAUUGGAGAUGUGAAAACUGCUGAAGAUUUGCUGAUCAGAGCCGAAAUGUACAAGGAAGCAAUUAAUCUUUUGAAUAAACACGGUCAAUGGGAGAAGGCGUACGAUAUAGCGGAGAAGUAUAUCAAUACUGACGAGGUGAAGGAUUUAUUUAUAGAUUUAGCGAAAGGUUUGGAAUCGGAAGGAAAGUACCGCGAUGCUGAAAAGGUUCUUAUAACUAUCAGCGAGCCAGAUAUUGCUAUCAACAUGUACAAAGAGCUAGAGUUGUACGAUUCCAUGAUUCGUUUGGUUGAGAGAUACCACAAGAACCUUUUGGAGCAAACCCAUUCUUCACUAGCUCGUCAACUAGAAGGCAAGGGUCGCUUCAAGAAUGCUGAAGUUCACUUUUUGGCCGCUGGUGACUGGAAGGCUGCAGUCCACAUGUACUGCAGUGCAAACAAGUGGGAAGAAGCUCAUCGUGUAGCCAAGCAGAAGGGUGGCGAAGGAGCAUCUAAUCAGGUUGCGUUCAUGUGGGCGAAAUCCCUUCCUAUCGAGGGAGCUGCGCGUCUACUCACCAAGAUGAAUCUAAUAGAUAAUUCGAUUUCAUACGCCUGUGAGGCAGGUCAGUUUGACUUUGCAUUGGAUUUGUGUAAGGCCAGUGGAAAACCCCCGGAUGACGUGCAUUACAAGAUUGCCAUGGCUUUGGAAGAUGAUGGAAAGUUUACGGAAGCUGAAGCGGAAUUUCUUCUGGCUAAUAAACCUAAGGAAGCGAUUAUGAUGCAUACUCACGGCGGUGAUUGGAAAUCCGCUCUACGUGUAGCUGAAAAAUAUCUCCCUGAAGCGGUCAAAGAAGUACUUCUCAGUCAGGCUGCUUCUGCUUUGGAAUCAAGAAACUAUCCGGAAUAUGAGUCACUGAUGAUUAGAGCUGACAGACCUGAUCUGAUUUUGGAACAUUACAAAGAAUACAACAUGUUGAACGAAGCGCUGAGAAUCGCUAAGGAAUAUGUUCCAUCUGCUUUAGCAGAAGUUCAGAAGCUCUACAAUAAAGCGAACCGUGGAAGCGCUUCCAAUGAUUCCAGAUAUCUUCUCCAAAAAGCAUCGGAGUAUGCCAGAGCAGAGGAGUUCAAAAAAGCUACGGAAUGUUUGUUGCAGAUCAACGAUGGGAACGCUGAUGAGGCAACCGUCGGAAGAGCUUUGCUCCGAGCGGCAGAGAUUUGUAAUCAAUUUCUGGAAGGACCCGAUGCGGCUGAGAUCGCACGAGAGCUUGGACCGCGCUUGAUUGAAAUCAAUCAAAUUGGACCAGCUGCACAAUUGUAUCUAGCUGCUGAGCUUCCCCGUGAGGCAGUUGAUGUUUUCAUCAAAACUGAUAAUUGGAAUAAAGCACGUCGACUUGCGAAAGAAAUUGAUCCGCAGUUGGUUGCCUAUGUGGAAGCGCAACAGAAGUCUAAAUUGAGAAACCAGGGCAACGUGGAACAACUGGCGGAUAUUGACAUCAUGGGAGCUCUGGACCUUCUUGCCGAACAAGGUCAAUGGACGCGUUGCAUCGAAAAAGCCAAACAACACAGCGUUCCUGUUUUGCAGAAGUAUUUGGCUCAAUACGCAGCUCAACUGAUCCGUGAUGGUGAUUGCGUAGCUGCUCUGAAUCUCUACCUGGAACAUGGUGUUCCACCCGUUGCACAGAAUUUUAAUAUCUACAACAGAAUCGCUAUGGAAUGUUUCGCCCUGCGUGAACCCGAUGGUAUCCAAAUUUGGAAGAACCUCCGCAACUUUCUGCUAAACUUGGUCCAGGCUUUACGUGGCUCCGAUCAGGCUGAGGCGGACGUAGUCGACCGUUUCGAGCAGUUGCUGACGAUAUCGCACUACUACUGUACCCGAGCAGCAUGUCGUCAAGCACCCGCUUUGCAGUCGAUUGCUGUGAAAAUCUCCGUAGCAAUGCUCCGCCACACCGACAUCAUUCCAUGCGACAAGGGAUACUACGAAGCCGGAAUGGAUCUUCGCGGGAUGGGUCGCGAGUCCGAAGCGUUCGUAAUUCUCAACCAUUAUCUGGACGUGUGCGAAGCGAUCGAAGAAGGUUCUGGCAACCUGGUCGACCACUCUGACCUCUCGUGCACGGAUUUCCCCAGUUCGGUUCCCAUACCGGCUGAAUUGCACCUGAAGAAUGAACUUGGUUUGCACGAGGAAAUCCGUGAAUGGGUGUUGGCCGUCAGUAUGGACCAGAAGGUCGAUCAGGUACUGCCGACCGAUGAUCGGAAUCUGUUCGAGUCCAGUUUGGGAAUUUCGGACCAGGCAUGCUUGGUAAGUGGUUAUCCGGUAAUGGGACGCCAACCGGUCGUAUUCCAACGAACGCAUCGACUGGCCAACAGAGACGCCUGGAGUAAACUAACGGUUGCAGCCAGAAUGGCACCACAGACGGACAUUCCAAAUGUGAUCGAGUUCAUCGAGAAAUGGUGUGGUCCAGCUAAUUUUCUCUCCGGAUAAAUCCGAAGUUAGCACAAACAUGUGUUGCACAGUGUUAUUGUAGGUUUGGAUUAAUAAACGCACGAUUUGCACCUUAAUAGAAAAUAUUUUU